GUCCACAGCAUCCACCGCCGGAGCCUCGCCUUCCUUUCUCCGUCUGCAGACAUAUCGAGACACAAAAAGAGGCAACCUUCAGACCAGUGCGAGGGACCUUCUCCCAUCAUGACCGAGACCACAAAGACCCACGUUAUCCUGCUGGCCUGCGGCAGCUUCAAUCCCAUCACUAAAGGGCACAUUCAGAUGUUCGAAAGAGCCAGGGAUUACCUGCACAAGACUGGAAGAUUCAUUGUGAUUGGUGGGAUUGUCUCUCCUGUCCACGACUCCUAUGGAAAACAGGGCCUUGUGUCGAGCCGGCAUCGUCUGGUCAUGUGUCAACUGGCUGUCCAGAAUUCCGACUGGAUCAGAGUGGACCCAUGGGAGUGCUACCAAGACACCUGGCAGACGACCUGCAGUGUAUUGGAACACCAUCGAGACCUCAUGAAGAGGGUGACUGGCUGUAUCCUCUCCAACGUCAACACGCCUUCCAUGACACCCGUGAUUGGACAGCCACAACACGAGAACACCCAGCCCAUUUACCAGAACAGCAAUGUGUCCAGCAAGCCCACUGCAGCCAAGAUCUUGGGAAAGGUGGGAGAAAGCCUCACCCGGAUCUGCUGCGUCCGCCCUCCCGUGGAACGCUUCACCUUUGUAGAUGAGAAUGCCAACCUGGGCACAGUGAUGCGGUAUGAAGAGAUUGAGCUGCGCAUCUUGCUGCUGUGCGGUAGUGACCUGCUGGAGUCCUUCUGCAUCCCAGGACUCUGGAAUGAGGCAGAUAUGGAGGUGAUUGUUGGGGACUUUGGGAUCGUGGUGGUGCCCCGGGAUGCAGCUGACACAGACCGAAUCAUGAAUCACUCCUCAAUACUCCGCAAAUACAAAAACAACAUCAUGGUGGUGAAGGACGACAUCAACCAUCCCAUGUCUGUAGUCAGCUCCACCAAGAGCAGGCUGGCCCUGCAGCAUGGGGACGGCCACGUCGUGGACUACCUGUCCCAGCCUGUCAUCGACUACAUCCUCAAGAGUCAGCUCUACAUCAACGCCUCGGGCUAGCAGCACCCAGCUGUCCACUCUACUCUCCCCAUGUCCUCUGCCAACACCCCUCCAACCACUAUCAGACCCCAUUUUCUCCCUGCCUCUCUGUUUCUCUGUCUUCAUCUUGACUGUUCUCCCCACUGACUGACGUAACCCCCACAGUGUGGGGGCCUGCGAAGAACCGUGGCAUUUCCCAUUCCACAGUCAUCUUUGGAUAAACUUUCCUCUAGUCUCCGGGUUGGGGGUGGGUAAAGGGAACAGGGUGGGAGUUGAGGAAAGUGCAGCCCUUGGAGAUGUACUGGUGUCUGUCUCCCAGCAUGCUCUAGAGAGGCGACUCUGGUGCCCAUCCUCCCAGCAUGCUCUGGGGACGUGGCUCAGGCUCUCGCCUUCCCAGCAUGCCCUUUACCACAAAGGGCUACUUUUCUUUGUUUCUUUCCCUUUGUCUACUUCUUGUAGAACUUGGAUGGAAUCAGUGUGUGUGUGGUUUUUAUGCUUGUAGUCUUGAUGCUCUCCUGUGGUUUACUUCCCUUCUAACAGGACACGAUAGCCAGUCUCAGCACUCCAAGUGCGUGAGGGCCACACCCAGGAAAGAAAGCAGAGCUGCUUCUGCUUCAACACACAUGCACGCACACACAUGCACACAGAUGUACACACACAUGCACUCAGAUUUUCACACACACACACACACACACAUACACACAUACACACACACACACACCAGCAGCAACCCCAGACCCCUUUGGUCAGAAAUAAGAUGCUCAGGUCCUGAAACCUGGCACACAAGUCUGGGAAGAGUAGGAUUUCUCAGAACUUGAGUCCCUGGUUUCAUAUGACCAUGGUCCUGAAGUUGUGUCUCACUGGUGGCAUUGUGUGGGUUCCCUGCCAACCAGGCUUUUCCAGAGAGAAGAACCCCUUAGAGGCUAUGGUAAGAUGCAUUCCUGCUAGUGAGAGGAAUCACGGGCGAGACCAAUGGCUGAUAGCCCAUUCAUCUGGAAACACGCUCAGAAUCCACUUGCCCAUAGAGAUUCUUUGCUAAUUGGGAUUAUUUAUUGCCCCUUUGGCUGGGAACUGCAAGCUCAGUCUGAUCUGGGAGAAUGCAAUUUGUUACCCUGAGGAGAAUUCAUGAUCCCACGCCCUCCACCUGAGGCUGCCCAGCUGAACCUAAAGCCCUUUCUUCCUUGGGAAACGAUCACCCUUGUUCCUGAAUUGGCCCUAUCGGUGUGCUGCAGGGCCCAGCAGCGGCAACCAAUGCCCUGAAGGUUUGCCUGUCAGGAAUGGGUUCACAACAGAGCUGUCACCCUAUCCCCCUACUGUCCUCCCCUUCUACCUCUGAAGACAGUUUGGACCCUCACGCCCUGCCCGGAGAGCUAGUAGGAAAUGACUUUUAUGUUUUGUGUUUCCCAUCCGGCCUCUGGCUCUUGAGUUCCUGGUUGUUCACGAGGAAUGGCUCCUGAGUUCGAGGCUACUUUUAACUUCUAACACGAACAUGGCCCAGGUGGGACUGAACCGGGGUAAAGCUCUCCAGCCUCUUGGCUGACUCCAGGAGGAAGAAGCAGAGGCGCGUAGAGCAUUCCCGAUCCAUGGUUCCGUAGACUGUAGAAACGAUCUCCAGAGGAAGAGAUUAUUUCUAUAAUCUAGAGGUCCGAUGUCUGGCUAAAAGUCAUGGGGGAAGAAAAAAAAAAAACAGAGAAAACCUGCAGAAUCCGUUUGCUCCCAGGCUCAUUGACAUUGCGGGAGCAGAAACCCCUGGGAGUCAGUGUCUCGUGCAGGACCGUGCAGCGCACCCUGGGAAGCAUGAGGAGAGAUGCUGUUUCCAUAGACAAAAGAAAACCGGGAGCUGGAUUGCAUGGCGUUUGGAAGGCUCUGGAUCUGCCGAGGGCCCACAUAAACAGAUCCGACAAAGACUAUUUUUCUUUCGUUCCUUUGGUUCGCUGUGUUCCUCCUCUGGACUCUGGUCAAGUCUCAUUUGCUCCACAGCCUGAGAUAAGGUCCCAGGCUAGCCCAGCAUCCGCAGCGCAACAGGCAGGUAGGAGCAGGGAAGGAAAGGAAGGGGAGAAGGUGAGCUGGGAGAACAGAUGCAGAAGUGGGUUUCUGGGAAGCAGGCGGGCAUAUUGUACCCUGGUGAGGUGUGUGGAAAUGGUUUCCUUUAACAAACAGAAACGAGUCCCUUUUUGGUGAAAUUGUCCAUCCACUUCCCUGUCUCUUUGUCCCUCUGUUGGAGCAAAGGUAGAACUUCUCCACUCCACCCUCAUCUCAUGAAGAACAGCACAUUGUGACUGUGACCUGCCCCAGUCAAGACAGUUUUAAGCGGUACCUCACAUGUCCUCAGGAUAGCCUCUAGGGUCUGACUUGUCUUCAGGGACAUGCUGCUUCCUGGGAAGGCUAGCCCAUCACUAGAAUGGUUCAGAGAUGCUGAUGAAGGCACAGAAGGGAAUGAUCUGAUCAUUUCCUGCUGCCAGUAAACAACUUCCCUGCCACUUCCCCGAUAGACAGACAGGAGGGAAACUUUACGAGCACUCUCCUCCAGGAAAGGGGCUGCAGCGACCCUGGGUUGCCAGUCUGCCACACUGUGUCAGUCCUGGGUAGCCUCAAGGCCCCUGGCUUUCAUUUGCUUCGAAUGUACAUUGACCAGCAAAGGAAGUCUCUUACUGAAGUGCCUGAAAUCACAGCUGGUUUCCAGAGACACUGCUCUUCCCAUUUUGGCUUGGCCACAUGUUCUAGUCUCAAGUUUCAGAAUCUCUGAGAGAACCCACGAACUUGCUAUUCAAGUAAGUAGGAAGUAAAACUUGAUAAUCUAAUGGCAUCAAAAGCCAGAAGAUUACAGAGAGCCCAAAUUCACUCCCUUGCUCCGAUAUUCUCACACACACUUGUAGGGGUCUAAGAGAAGCAUGCCUUCUAUUUUCUGUUUCUAUUAGAAAAGAAAUACCAUGCCAGGUGUGGUGGCCCAUACCUGCGAUCCCAGCACGGAGAGCUGGGGACGGGAGGAUCAGGAGUUCAAGCCCAGCCUCCAGACACAUUAGACCUUGUCUCAAAACAAAAACAGCAGUGCAAAGGAAGCGUAGAAAAAGCUCAGGCUUUCUCCCCAGGUUUCAGCAGGGGAGGCAGCAGGGGAGCUAGAGAAGGAUGAAGCCAGGCUGAAUUCGUAGCUGACAGAAUUAAGACACCUUAGAGAUAGCCCGUGGUAAGAAGGAGGGUGUGAUCUGCCUGGCUGACCAAACCCACACCUUCCUGUGAGCUGACUGGUAAAUUCAACUCCUUGUGUGGUUUCUGUGUAGUGUGCGUUUGAAUGUGUCCUAGGAGCCUGUUCCAGUUAGUUAGAAAUGAGUUGUAGCACUUUCUCACCACCCUCAGUGGAGUCCCAGGGCCCUCAGCUUGAUCCUCAUGGGGUUGGAAUGGGGAGAAGGAAGCUUUUUUUUGGUAAUCAUAUCAUCUGCUGAUUUAAGAGUGAGAUUUACUUUAUGAAAAUCAACUCAUUUAAUAAAAACUCCAAGUUACAAUACCAUUUCACAGUGAAAUAUUUUUUAGUAGAGUUUUGUUGCUAGACUAGUCAUGGGCAAGAGUUUUAUCAGCAAAAUGUUUCAAUUAUGUUAAUAAACCAGACAAUGCUACUAGU